CAAGAAAGAAGGUGGAAGAUACCUACACGAUCAUGGCGUUUCUUCACCAUUGCAGACGGUUUCCUCAAGGCCAAACAAGGGAAAGAGAUUUUAUGGUUGUCCCUGAUGGAAGAGUGAUAAUUGUAAUUUUUCUUGUGGGAGCACGAUAAAGGAGGAGGGUGCUGUGGUAGGCGCGUGACGGCCAACAAUAUCACUUAGUCACAUCACAUGACAUGAAUCGAAAUAUGAAUAUCGCUACAGCUAGGUCGUCGCCCGUAAGCGACGCGUCAUCCCUCCGCCUGGGGGUGGUGUCAAAUGGGCAAGGGCGCGCUACACUUCAUAGGUCUGGGUGUGGUGAUAAGAAUGCUAAGGCUGCUAGGUCGUCGCCCGGAAGCGAUGCGCCACUCCAAUGCCCGGGAAUGGUGUCAAAUAUGCAAGGGCAUGGUGGGGGUCGAUGUGGGGUGAAGAAGAGAAGGCAAGGUGUUAGAUUGCGCUUUGGGACAUGGAAUGUUGGCUCUCUUACGGGAAGAUCAUCUGAGAUAGCUGAGGUUAUGAAGAGGAGAAAUAUCAGCAUAAUGUGCAUGCAAGAAACUAAGUGGGUUGGAGAAAAGGCACGCGAGAUUAAUCCCGGAGGUUUUAAGCUUUGGUACUCAGGGAGAGAGAGGAACAAAAAUGGAGUAGGCAUUAUGGUGGCACAUGAUUAUGUUGACGGUGUGGUUGAAGUGUUUAGGAAGAACGAUCGCAUCAUGAGCAUUAAGUUGAUAAUGGGGGAUGAGAUUGUGUCUGUGGUUUGUGCCUAUGCACCACAAGUGGGAUUCGAUGCAUCUAUCACUCAACAAUUUUGGGAGGAUCUUGAGGAAGUGGUGCGACAAGUGCCAAGGGGAGAGAAACUGGUCAUAGGAGGCGACCUCAACGGGCAUGUGGGCCCAAGUCGUGAUGGUUUUGAGAGUGUCCAUGGCGGACAUGGUUUUGGCACUAGAAAUGAAGCGGGGAAGAACAUUCUGGAUUUUGCCUCGACAUAUGAGUUGACUGUGAUGAACACUUGGUUCAAGAAAAGAGACUCUCACCUUGUCACCUAUAGAAGUGGAGCUAAUAGUACCCAAAUUGACUACUUUUUAGUACGGACGACUUGGAGAACUAGCUACACUGAUUGUAAGGUUAUCCCAGAUGAGAGUGCUGUCACUCAGCAUAGGAUGCUUGUGCUUGAUUUUCGAGGUAAAAAGAGUGGACGAGUUAAGGUACAAGGGGAGCCAAAGAUAAAAUGGUGGAGGCUCGAGGGGAAUCUCCAACAAAGUUUUGCACACAAAAUGUUGGAGGAAGAUGUUUGGUCUGUUGAUAAUGACACACAUGUGGAUGAUGUGUGGUUACCAAUGGAGUCCACCAUUAACAAAGUGGCGAAGGAGAUACUCGGAG